GAAAACAGCAACCACGGCCCUGCUACUCCCACUGCCACUGCCACCGCGCCGCCUACCCCCUUGGCGCACAAUGCGCAAACCGACAGUCUGAUCUCACCAUGGCUGAUUUCCCAGAGGCGGACAGCCUCACCCGCCUUCAGGGCCUUCACCGUGACCUCUGUGCCUUGACGGAUCUGCAGCUGCCGGUCUUGGAGAAGCUCGUGCAGAGACUGGAGGCCAGCCUGGACGAGUUCAAGGCGCUCCUCGACAAGCCGCCAAAGAACGACCAAAGUCGGAAGGCGCUGAGCUCCGGCAAGUUCCCAAUUGACAACACUGAAUAUGAGGUCAACGAUGAGUUCAAGCAGCAGACGCUGGAAUUGGCGGAGGCCUUGGAUCUUGACGAGCUGCAGGCCGCGGCCCUUUUCCUCGGCGCGGAGACUGAAGCCCUGGAGUUUGACCGUUCGCAGCUCCAGACCGCCGUGAUCCGCUUCCACCUCCGACGAGAGACCCUGCUCCUGUGUCUGCGCAUAAUAGUAAAGGCCGCGCUAGACAGUGGGGAGGCCGAGGUCAUGGGCCAGGAGACGCUGCUACAGGCGGUCCACCUCAUAAUGGGUAUUGAGGGGGUCAAUUUCGAGAAUGCCCACAAAUUCUGGGCCAAGUGCCUGACGAGCAUGGAGGCUAUAGAGAGGUGGCUGCAUCAGAUUUCGGAGCGUCUGCAGAGUGCCCAGGUUGUGGGCCAGGUGCCGCUGCCGGGCUUUGUCGAGAUCAUGACCCUCCAACGCCAGAGCCUUACUCGCCAACACGAGAACCUUGCUGCAAUCUGCACCCACAUGGUGAAACCUGGGUUUGCGAGUCUGGACAACUUCAAAGCUCUCCUGGAAAAGAUCAAGACCCUCGACAGGCACGACAUUAUCACCAUCCACUAUGUGCCUAUGUUCAUCCGGCUAGCUUCUUGGGUAGCAUUAGAGUCGAACACCAGCUUUAGUGAUGCAAGGGCCCUGCAUGCCUCCUUCAUAGCUGGUAGAGAGAGCGAUAAUUGGUCUCUGCGGACUUUUCAUGCUGCAGCCUUGACCUGGUGGUUGGCAGAGUACAGCGGCAGAUACAUCGACCCCAAUCCCCAUGACCCCGAUCUCCGAAACGUCAAUUUCGAAGAAGAAGCUAGCGCGCGAUCUGAGGUGUUUCUAAAAGCUCUCAAUGAUGGAGCUUUCAGCUUUAUGUUGUCUUUCUGCCAAGAUGUCCGCCCGACUCGAUGGUACGACCCAGCAAAAACGAGCAUGAUAUCUUGGCUGCUCCAUGACACCGCUGUCUUGCCGUCGGACUCGGCACAGGCCGAAGACUUCUUCAAAGUCCUUGUUAUGGAGCAGCUGCAGACCUUCGUGGACUCCUUUAUAACGAACAUGCCCGAUACUCUUCGAAGGCUCAAAGUUGAAGAGGAUGAUCAACGAAGGCGCCUUCAAUCACACUUCCAGCGAAGCCCAGCAGAACAAACUCUGCAUCUGGAACGGUUCUUAGUCAUCAUUUCAUACGCCUACGACGGAUUUGAAGAAGCCGCAGACGAUUUCUGGAGUGACAAAGAGAGCAAUCUGUAUGGGUUCCUGCAAUGGGCCGCGAAACGACAGCCUACUCCGCGCAUCGCGGCUUUUUGUGAGAUGCUCAGAGCUAUAUCCACCGGGGAGUCCAAUGCCGAGUUUGCGCACAACUUCCUGAUGGAAGAAGGAGCAUCAGCCUCUGGAAAAAUACGAAGAACGAGCUCUUUGAGCUACACGCACAUAUUCAAUGAACUCAUUGAGUUCCGAACCAAUAUUCACGAGCCAAAGAAAACUAUUCAGGGCGCCUUGUAUCAACAGGCGCAGCACCAUGCAGAUCAGAUUGAGGAGCCAGAAAGUGGGAAAAUGCUCGAGAGCUAUCUACGUCUGCUUGCCCAUCUCUGCCGACAGAGUCCCCUCGCACGGAACUGGUUAUUGGACCAUCCUGAAUACAGUAUCACAGGUCUCUGCUUUGGAUUGUGUACGGACAAGGUCGACAGCCGCGUCCGCGCCGCUGCUUUCGAUGCUAUUUCCGGUUUACUUUCAUACAAGAACGUCCAGCGUGCAACUGCCGUUUGGAAUGAUCUUGACAGCUGGACAGUAUCCGGCUUCUAUGUUGGCUCUAAACAGAGUAAUGUCCCAGGCCCUCUUCAUCGAGACGAAUUUUGGGCUACGUUGGCAGACCAGUAUGAUGAAUCCGUUGCCUUCAUUAACCUUCUCCAUUCUCUUGUGGAACCAUAUUCCGAUGAUCAGGGCCUUAAUGAUGCUCUGCCGUUCCCGGAGAGCCUAGGUUCAACCCAUAGAAUGCCCGGCAUCGAGAAAUAUGUCGACUUCGCCAUGCAAUCAGUCUUUGCAGAGCGAUCCCAGGACGUGCAAGAUUCAUUGGAGCGUAAUGUAUUAAGAUGGAAUUGUCUACGCUUUAUAGUAGCGUCUCUUUCGACAUUCAACGAGAACCUUGUUGUCUUUGCAAACAAGUCCAACAUCACAGUUGAUUCGGUCAUCGAAGCUUCAUCCUUAGCUGCCUAUGUCACCCUUCAUCCAUUCACCCGCGUGAUGGAAUGGCUCUUUAACGACAAAGUCUUAAGAGCUCUUUUUGCAGCUUCCCAUCACGAUGUCAAUGAAGUGGAUGCAUCACCAUCAGAUUCUCCUUUGGUUCAAUCCUUAAUGUUAAGCAUUGAGGUCAUGGACCUGAUUAUGAGGUUACAGGCAACAUACCUUGACAUCGUCAGGCCUUUUAUGAAGCAACAACCCUCUAUGCACCAUCUACCGGUCUCUAAUCCGGCCCUCGCCUCCUUUGAAGACGCGAUCCUCAACAAUUUACAGCUCAUCGUCGAUCUCGGACUUUACUGCGGCACCGGACACGAGACGCUUACAAUUGCCUCUCUCCAGCUUCUCGAAAAGUUGUCUUCAUCUCGAAAGCUCGCUGUAUCUCCGGCAGGAUUUGGCCAGCGUUCAGGCCGUAGCAAAAUUGUCGGGAUCUUGGAGAAAGAUAAUGAAGCCGAGCGUAUCGGGCGCUGUCUUUUUAGCCUGAUGCGACAAAGCGAGGAUGAGAUUGAGGCUGGUCAAGAAGCAUCUGGGUACAUUGUUAAACUUCGAAUCCUUGACUUCCUGAACAGUUGUCUCGCCGCAGUGUCAACAAGGCCUACGAUAGCCCACAUCCUGCUCGGCCUUUCCUGCGGCAGCACAAGUGUGCGCGUUGCUGAUGACAGCCUUUGGGCAAAUGGGCAGUCUUUGUUCCACGCCAUUCUAAUACUUGCUGUGAACUACCCAGAUCACAAUGGGAACACGUUCAUUGCCUGGCAAUCUGAAAUAAGGAGUCGAUGUUGGCUGUUGCUUCAGAAAUUGUGGAGAUCGCCGCUGACAAGUUCGAUCGUGAUGGAGGAACUACGAAUUAACGAGCUGCUAUUUAUCCAGGCUCCUCAGCUUGUUGCUGUCGACGGAAGCACAUUAUGGAAUGGUUUCUCUCUUGGCCAAGCAUUCGAACUCGAACAGCAGGGCAGCCCCGGAUUUGCCGCUUUCCUCUGCGAACCAUCGGCCAUUGCUCUACAGAACUUCCUGCAGCAACGCGCAGCUUUUCUAGACUACGAAUCAAGAGAACUGCGAUUGACAGUCAGAGAGGGAAUGCCGACACUCAAGUCACGGAUCCAAUCUGUUUUGUUGGGUACAACGAUAAGGCCGGGCGAGGAUCCAAUUCCUAAUCCAAAUGUCUUCGAUUUAUUUGACUUUAUCGAGUUCGACUUCCCAGAGAGACCAUUAGCUGACCACAAACUGCUAGAAGGCAUCAAUUUAGCUGUUUGUCAAGAGGAAAAGGAUGGUGUGAUGCUCUUCGUAUUGCCUUUGAUCGAGCAGCUCUUCCUCCUCAAGAUGAAGGUUUGGAAAAAAGAAAGCCCGCCUCAGGAUGAGCAAAAACAGCUUGAAGAGCUUGAAGAAGCCCAACGGUUGCUCGUCUCUUUUGCCGAAUACAAUCGUCGGGUUCAGAUUGUCAGCUACCAUGAAGAUAUCCUCCGGUCGUGGGUCCAGCUAUUGGUUGUUACGCUCCAGGGCUGCGAGUUUGACGUUAGCGCUCGAACUUCGUUCAUCCUCCAAACGCUUCAAGUAAUCUUACCUAAGCUUGAGAUGGCCUACAACAGCGACAUAUUCAAGGCCCUGCAACUUGUUAGUCUUGCUGUGUCACUUAUUCAAAGGAUUGAAUUCGACUCUACUGCGUUCGAAAAGACCAAGGCUGGGGACUUCGCAAAUGACCGACUUUCGCAGCUCUUCCGCGCAGCCUUGGUUGGUAUCUACAGUCCUGUAUCGAACACAGAGCUCCGCGAGUACUGCUACCAGAUCUGUUUCAGGUACAUCCAAGGCACCUUUGAGAAAGCUACCAAGGGAUCGCCAUUGGGGCGUCACGUGUUGAACACGGUAAAGACCUGUGGGGACCACCUUCUCGAGGUAAUAUGCGACGAUGCCUACAGUGGUCAAGGGACAUGUAAAGUUUCUGCCCUACUCCUUCUCAAUGCAUUGGUUGCCGUGGCCAUUCGACAAGAGUCUAAAUACAUUUUGGAAGCUUUCGUGUCACUAAACUUCAUUGGUGUGCUAGUCGACAACAUCAAGCACAUCCCAGACGAUCUCCGAGCCGCGGCAGCUCCCCAAGUCUCUAUGCUCUUAUCGUACUACGAUGCCAGUCUCGCGCUCCUUCUACGGAUAUCCCAAACCCGCCUCGGCGCUGCGUAUGUCCUGAAUGCCGGCCUAUUCCUAUCGGUUCGAGAAUCGCGUAUCUUUGAUGUAGAUCCAGAUAUCGGACUCGAGUUCGACAACCCCGAUGCCCUUAAAAAAUACUAUGACCUUAUGCUAGCCAUGCUUCGCGUCAUCAACGCCGCAGUUGUUGCGCGCGGCCGCCAGAACGAUCAGACCAUCUUCCAAGCCAGGGAGUUUCUAAAGGAGAAUCGACAUUCAAUGGUUGCAAUUUUCAAGCGAAGUGUUAACGUAGGCGUUAGCGGGAUUAAUGGAGGAUUGGGUACAACGAUUGGUGUGAACGGCAGCGUUAAUGGUGGCGUUGGAGAGGAUUUGACGGAUUUAGUGGAUUGCUUCACUCUCUUGGUUGAAAUUACGGGGUACUUGGAGUACGAGGAUUCUUCGAGCUUAAAGAAAUCGAGAGCGAAUAUCUUCUCGUAGAAUCAAUUUAUGUGAAAGGGGGCUUUGCAUCCUACAUUUGAAGACUGGAGUGAAGUGAAUUUUCGGGCAAUGGAUAUGGAAGCUGGGUUUGUAUAGUAUGUUGUUCAUAGAUCAUCUACACGACGAAAUGCAC